AUGCCGCGUCAAUAUCUGGCGCUGGCGGUGCCGGUGUGGCUCGUCGCCCAGCGCCUCGUGGCGCGUGGGUCGCGGAAUCGCUCUCGGCCGCCACACAAAGGGGACAUAUGCACCAACAACAGCAGCAUUAACAGUGACCGUCCUGUAUUCGUGCUGUCGCGUGAUAUGAAGGAUGAAGAGCGGCCGGUCGCUGUCGUCACAGGGACGAACAGUGGUAUCGGGUACCACACGGCCGUUGGGCUUGCGGUGGAGGGCUACCGUGUGGUGUGCACCUGCCGCAGUGCCGCUUUAAGUGAGGCCACGGCAGCAAGGAUAAGCANUGCGGUGGAGGGCUACCGUGUGGUGUGCACCUGCCGCAGUGCCGCUUUAAGUGAGGCCACGGCAGCAAGGAUAAGCAAGGAAGCUGAAGAAACGCGGCAGAGGCGCAAUGGCGACGCCAAUUACGCGCAGGUGCCUGAGAAAGUUUUGGUUGACGGUCGGUUUUGCCUCGAGUGCGAUGACUUUGUGAGCAUCCGCCGCUUCGUGGAAGAGUUCCAGAAGGCAUACACGCGCCUUGAUGUUCUUGUGAAUAACGCCGGGAUGAUGCGCAAGCGGUUGGAAUUCAGCAAGCACAACCCGCAACUAGAGCUUCACACUGCUGUGAACUUUCUUGGUCCGCUUCUGUUGACAGAGCUGCUCGUGCCGCUCAUUCAGCGCAGCAAGGGGCGUGUGGUGUUCGUCUCCUCUGCCGCCCACCGAUUCCCGCAAAUGAUGCUGGAGCGCGGUUGGUGGUGGCACCCGUCGUCGUCACUGACGUGCAUCAACGGGCGCCUGUUGGAAGCGCUGAAGACGCUCAAUCAGGGAGAGGACGCUUCGUCGGGGCCGCUCAGGACCGGGACACUGAGCUACGCCUUUGUGCGCUACGGCACAAGCAAGCUUCUGAAUACCUACCAUGCCCACUACAUCGCCCGGCACCACAAGCUGCCUGUCUGCAGCCUCCACCCUGGUUGUGUCGGCACCAACUUCUCCAAGGACCUCGUGCCGAGUGGGUGGAUCUACCGCGCCUACCAGUACGCCUGCCUACUCUUCCUCAAAUCACCUGAGGAGGGGGCGCAGACAACGCUGCACUGUGCUAUGUGUGAUGUAGAAGAGCUAAAGCCUGUGGAGCCACCGAAGGGCCAGGGCGAGCCCGUCAGUCCGUACUUUGGGGAAUGCGGCAACCAGACAUCCGACUCGCUGCUGCGGUAUGGCUGGGAUGUCGAAGAGGGAGACCGCAUUGUGCUUUGGGGCAAGCGACUGGUUGGGCUGCCGGUGAAGGAGGAAUAA